AUGGAACGAUGUCCUCACCGCCUGUUCUACCGCCUGCAUCAUCGAAACCAUCGGCCUCCGCUAGCUCCUCCUGCUAAUGAUCUACCUCCCUCCUCUCCUACUUCAUUCCUGACGACAGACUCGGUCAGAGUGUCCCAACUGUUCCCCAUCGCUCGCAGGAUCUUUACUACGAGCCACAAUCUUUUUGCGUCUCGCAUAUCCGCUUAUCUCUUCGAAGCCGCAACCAUGUCGUCACGGAAGAAGGUCUUGCUGAAGGUAGAGCCAAUUCACCAUGUGAUUAUUCUAGGCGAUAGCGGCGUAGGGAAAACAAGUUUGAUGAAUCAAUAUGUCAAUAAGAAAUUUAGCGGAAGCUACAAGGCAACGAUUGGAGCCGACUUUUUGACGAAGGAAGUUCUGGUAGAUGAUCGACUAGUGACGAUGCAGAUCUGGGAUACGGCGGGCCAAGAGCGAUUCCAGUCCUUGGGCGUUGCAUUCUAUCGCGGAGCCGACUGCUGUGUCUUAGUAUAUGAUGUAAACAACCCUAAGAGUUUCGAGGCCCUAGACAGCUGGAGGGACGAGUUUCUUAUCCAGGCAAGCCCUCGGGAUCCCGAGAGCUUUCCAUUCGUUGUGAUCGGCAAUAAGAUUGAUGUCGAGGAGAACAAGCGCAUGAUAUCUUCGAAGCGCGCAAUGACUUUCUGUCAAUCCAAGGGCAAUAUCCCUUACUUUGAAACGAGUGCUAAGGAGGCUGUGAAUGUUGAACAGGCAUUUGAAGUCAUCGCUCGGAGUGCUCUAGCGCAGGAAGAAGCAGAGGAAUUCAGUGGUGAAUUUAGCGACCCUAUCAAUAUCCAUCUCGACGGUGAUCGUGAUGGUUGUGCCUGUUGA